AGGAUGGGAUUAAAAUUUAAAAACUGCCACAUGUACGACAGACAGGUCCCAACUGCACACUGCCACUGUUGAUUACUAUUUCUGGGCGCCAAACGACAUAAACAGUCUGCCAAAAAUCAAUAGCCAAACAAACUCCAAACUCCAACUCCAACUCCAAGAACCUCAAAAACAAUCACUUGUUUUAAAAUUGUAGGAUUUAGGGUUAGGGUUUCUUCUAGUAAACAUAGAGACAUAUGGAAACUGCAGUGAAGGAUGAUUAUUCAAGGAAACAACGCAUUGCAUUAGUGGCCAUUGUAGUGAUUGCUUCACUUGCUGUUACUUCUCUCUUAGUGGCUUUUAGCUAUUACUGCUAUAUACGUAAUAAGCUCUCUAAACGCUUUGACACCCAGAAAAGGUUUAAAUAUGAGGAGAAAGGAAAUUUUGAGAAUCUGCAAGUUGCUACUGAGAAAGGGCUUCAAGUGUUCACAUUUAAGCAGCUGUAUUCAGCUACUGGUGGUUUCAGCAAGUCGAAUGUGGUUGGGCAUGGUGGAUUUGGGUCAGUAUACCGUGGAGUGCUUAAUGAUGGAAGGAAAGUUGCAGUUAAACUCAUGGAUCAAGGAGGGAAGCAAGGAGAAGAGGAAUUUAAAGUGGAGGUUGAAUUGCUGAGCCACCUACGUUCUCCAUAUUUGCUGGCAUUGAUUGGGUUUUGUUCAGAUAGUAAUCAUAAAUUGCUGGUGUACGACUUCAUGGCAAAUGGUGGACUACAAGAACAUUUGUAUCCCACAAGUGGUCACAGAGCCAUGCACCUGAGAUUGGACUGGGAAACACGGUUGAGAAUUGCCCUUGAAGCUGCAAAGGGUUUGGAAUAUUUGCAUGAACAUGUCAGUCCUCCAGUGAUUCAUAGAGAUUUCAAGAGCAGCAACAUCCUUUUAGACAAAUAUUUCCAUGCCAAAGUAUCUGAUUUUGGAUUAGCUAAGCUUGGACCAGACAAAGCUGGUGGCCAUGUCUCAACUCGAGUGCUGGGCACCCAAGGAUAUGUUGCCCCUGAGUAUGCAUUAACCGGACAUCUAACAACAAAAUCAGAUGUCUACAGUUAUGGGGUUGUUCUGUUAGAGUUGCUUACUGGAAGAGUUCCAGUCGAUAUGAAGAGACCUCCAGGGGAAGGUGUUCUUGUUUCUUGGGUGCUGCCUCGAUUGACAGAUAGAGAGAAGGUUGUGCAAAUUAUGGAUCCAGCUUUAGAGGGUCAAUACUCGAUGAAAGAAGUUAUUCAGGUGGCAGCAAUUGCAGCAAUGUGUGUACAACCAGAGGCUGAUUACAGACCACUAAUGGCAGAUGUUGUGCAGUCGCUAGUCCCAUUGGUCAAAACUCAGCGAUCAACUUCAAAGCUAGGAAGCUACUCUAGCUUCAAUGCACUUAGGUCCCCUGCGUCACAGGACUCGGGCAAGGCAAGUGCCUGAAACUGAUAAAAAACCAAGUUAAUCAUCUGCCUGUACUUAGUAGCUAUCUUAGAUGUUAGCGCACCUUAACUCGUUAGGACACUUUCUGGUGUUUGGUUUUGUGUUAGCAGCAGAAGCUUUAAUUAUAUAGGCCUCUGACCUAAUUUAUGAACGCCCGGGAAUCAGGCUGCAUCACUGAAUUGUCAUUGAUUUGGCUUACCUGUGUCCUGAAAGAAAAUAACCUCAAGUUUGUGCACCACAUUACUACAAUUCAAGACUUAGAAAAUACUAAAGCAAAUGGCUAUAGCCAUGCUAGUAAUUGAGAAGAUAUUGUUGGCUCCCUGGCUUACGGGGGUUUCACUACCAUUGAGCUUUUGAAACUA